AUGUCCAAAUGGCGUACUUCAACCAUUACUUUUGCUAGUCUAUUUGCUGCUGGCUCACUGUGGGUUUGCAGCAAAUAUGCUUUUUCUGCCUACCGAUCGCUCACUCCAGAGGAGCUUGGUCUGGAUGAGUUUGAAUCACUGCAUCAAGUAGGCAAGCUCAAGCUGAAUCGAUAUUUGAGAAUUCAUCCAACCAACACUGAUAUCUGCUAUAUUGUUGUUCAUGGGUUUGGAGGCCAGAUGUUGAGCUUGGCACCAGUAAUCAACUUGCUGGCAGAUUUUGGCAGUGUUUUUGCAGUAGAUCAUGUUGGUCAUGGCAAAAGUCAAACCUCCACCGAUCCUCUAGACUACUCAACAGAGGCAAUAGUCGAAAGUAUCGCAUCCACAUUCAAAUCCAGCUGUCCCCAGUUUAAAACGGUCGUCGUGAUUGGCCAUUCAUUGGGAUGUGCUCACAGUGUCAGGCUAUCCAACAUUCUUCAAGAGAGUGGAGUGAAUGUCAAGGGCAUUGUACUAGUCAGUCCCAAGUCCACUGAAGAAGAUCUACCCAUGCUCAAGAAAAUGGUGCAAAGAGUAUCGCCUAUAGCGAUCGACUUUAUACGCUUUGUAGAAUCGUUUGCCGGUGCAUAUUCAACUUCUGUCAAUCGGAUAGUGCAUAAAAACGACUUGACUUUGCGUCAUCGAAGUUGUCGAUGGAAUCGUGCUACACCAUCAUCGGUUAUUAGACUGACAGCUCUUGGAAUUCACCUUCCCGAGCCUAAAGACUACGAGAGUAUUCGUGCACCGUUAUUGAUGCUCUAUGGCAUUCACGAUACUCUUACAAAAUAUGAUCCAAAUGUGACCAACAUUGAGAAGUGGGCCAAGAAUUCCCAAAUCUCAAUUCAUGAGCUUGAUUCAUCCCACCUUCCAAUGUGGGAAGAUAAUGACAAUUUCAACCGCCAUCUUUUAGCCUUUCUCAAGGACAUCAAGGCUGUUGUAUAG